CCUUCCCUCCCUCCCUGCUCUCCCCCUUUCAUUGUUUCAGAGUAGGCCAAAUGUGAAAUCUUUCCAAGGGUGUGGCUGUGUUCAUGUUCAUCUUAUUCUCCAACCCGAGUAGAACCGCAGAGAAGCGUGAGAAGGACAGACGCGUUCAGCAGCCGGAGGCCACGGGCGGGCGGACAGACCACAGCGCUGUAGACAAUAUGCUGUUCUUUGGGCAGAAGGCCUUGCUGCUUGCCAUGGUACUCAGCAUCUCCUCUGACUGGCUACCCCUAGGGGUCAGUGGUCAACGAGGAGACGAUGUACCUGAGACAUUCACAGACGACCCUAAUCUGGUGAAUGAUCCUUCUACAGAUGAUACAGCUCUGGCUGAUGUCACACCUUCCACAGAUGACCUGGACUCAGCUGUUGACAAAAAUACUACUGCAGAAUGCCGGGAUGAGAAGUUUGCUUGUACAAGACUGUACUCUGUCCAUCGGCCAGUCAGACAGUGUGUGCACCAGGCCUGCUUCACCAGUCUACGGCGCAUGUACAUCAUCAAUAAUGAGAUCUGUUCCCGACUUGUAUGUAAAGAACAUGAAGCUAUGAAAGACGAGCUUUGCCGGCAGAUGGCAGGCCUGCCUCCAAGGCGACUCCGCCGCUCCAACUACUUCCGACUUCCUCCCUGUGAAAAUAUGAAUCUGCAGAGACCCGAUGGUCUGUGAUCACCAAGAAGAAAGAAGAACGUGUGGAUGAGGGAAUCAGAAAUUCCUUCUCCUCCAGCCGCUGCCAUCUGUCCCGUAGACAUGUAUUUUUAAACUAAGCCCUUUGCAAUGUCCCGGCUUCCUACCCCACUCUGUAAUUUUCCCGGAACUGGUAGCGUUGGUCUUAUUUUGCAGUAUUGACAAUACAUUGUCUAUAUUGUUGUACGGGUUUGCUGAUUUCCGGUAUCUUAGACAAAGUGGACAAAGGAUGACCACUUGACUUAGGUACACUCUACAUUCAGUCCCCGCAGUAGAAAGGGGCUUGGAUGUGAGGCUCGGUUGGCAGAAAACUUACCUAAUGUGUGAAGCCCUGGGUUUGAUGGUAUAAAAUUGAGCAUGGUAGUGCAGGAAGUUCAGAACUUUAGUUCAUCUUUGACUACCCAUCAAAUUUGAGGGCAGG